AGUUCCCUAGUUCUGCCUUACAGUCUAGGCAUGGGCAAUACCAACUCCGCAUACACACCUGCCAUGCCAGCGUGUGGUCUCCAUAACCCGGUCAGUCCUUGACCUCUCUGCUGAGAGUGCCACCCCCCUGGCCAGCUGCCAGGAUGCUCCGCUGAGUCUGAAGUUCCUUGCAAAACCUCUCUGCUGAUCCUGCUAGGUCUGGAAUUGUCCGUGAUGAGCCCAGCCGGGGGACCACAAUCUGUGCCUCGUCUGCACCAGGGUUUCACAGCGAGAUCGCUGUUUCCGUGUAAACCCACCUGUUGCUUGCAGUGCGGACAAAGCCGCACCAUGGCUGAGAUGCUUGACACGGUGGUAGAAGACUGCAGGAGGCUGAGGAAAACGUCAGAGCAUAAGUGGCAAUCUAGUCACAGCGCGGAGCCAGCUGAACCCCUCAGACAGUGCGCUGGCCCGGCAUGUUUUUAUUACCUGCAAGGUUUAUCUCUAGUGCAUCUAUUUCACUGUCCUCUAGGGCAGUGGUUCUUGACCUUUUUUCAUUGGUGGACCUUUAAAAAAUUUCAAAUGGAGGUGCGAACCCCUUUGGAAAUCUUAGCCAUGGUCUGCGGACCCCUGGGUUGAAAACCACUGUUCUGUGUAACAACAACCUUUCACAGACCCCCUUAGACAUAGUCUAUGGACCACAGGUUGAGAACCUGUUUCAGAGUAACAGCCGUGUUAGUCUGUAUUCGCAAAAAGAAAAGGAGGACUUGUGGCACCUUAGAGACGAACCAAUUUAUUUGAGCAUAAGCUUUUGUGAGCUACAGCUCAGGAGCUCUGCACCUGGGUGAGAUCCCAUCUGCCCUCCAGUGGCUGCGGAUAGCGGCAAGAAGCCCUAAGCAUGGAGGCUUCACCCAUCACUGCUAGCAGGAGUAAUAAUCUCCAGGCCGGAGACUUUUACGAACCAAGAAACUUUCCUCUUGCUAAACCUUCCAGGCCAGCUGGACCAGAGGCCCUCGUGUGGGCAGGUUUCCGGGCCCGCCAUCAGGGGCGAGGCGCAAGAGCAUCACCGGGCACUUCUGUGCUCCCCACGAGGACGAGGCGAUGGUCAGCUGCGGCUUGGACCAAAACCAGUUUGUCAUUUCCGACAGCGAGUUCCCUGGCUCCACCAGGAUCCUUUUGAAGAGACCGUCCUUUUGUCCCAUCAAGCACCUGGAGGAGAGGCAGGCUGCCACGCUGCCAGAGGCGCUCCGAGGCCGUGGGGUAGACGUGGGGGUGGCUGUCGUACUGCAGUCCGUUGACAGGAGAGUCUUGCUCACGCGAAGGGCCAAGAAUCUCAGCAUCUUCCCCAACAUCUGGGUGCCCCCCGGUGGGCACAUGGAGCCGGACGAACAGUUGCUGGAGGCGGGCCUGCGGGAGCUGCAGGAGGAGACAGGCUUGCGGCUGGAGCCGGGCAGGUUCUCCUGGACGAUGCUGGGCCUGUGGGAGUCCGUGUACCCGCCCACGCUGAGCAGAGGGCUGCCGAGGCGGCACCACGUCGUCGCGUACCUGUUGCUGCUUUCCACCGAGAGCCACCGGCAGCUGCAGACGAGGAUCAAGGCGGACGGGAGCGAGGUGAGCGCCUACGCCUGGCUGGAACCCCACGUUCUGGAGUGUAUCGCGGCUGUCGAGGACGGAGCAGAGAACAUGGGGCAUGUGCCCAGCAACCUCCCCCCAACCAUCAAAGCCACGGAGCUGAGCGGGGGCUCGGCCCAGCCCACGGAGCUUCCUAUUGCGACCUUCCUGAACACAGCACCUGCAGCGGGGGAAGAUGUGGAGCGGGUCCCAGCUGCUCAAAUCCAGCUUGAACAGAGCUCUGCUCCACCAGUCACCGACACCAGCACAGUGGGGGGUGUUUUGAACUUUAUUAUCUAAAAGGUAGUUUGCAUAUACAGAAGUGUUGCAAAUAAUAGAACAGCUGGAUAUCAAACGGACAGAAUAAAUAAACCAGAGAAAGUGGCUAGCUGCUUUUUAAAGGUGUCUAGAUAAUGUUCACCGUGUGUGAGAGCUUAUAAAACACUAAGGGACUUCAGACAGUAUCAAAACCCUAGACACUCCUUUAUCUCCCCCACCCCACACAAACCCUCUACACAAACAACUUGUAUGUACAAAACUUGAAAACAGCCAGCGCUCCCUGCAAAGGCUUAAUACCGUAAUGUCUGUCUCCUCAGCUUCUAGCUGCCUCAACCACCACCUGUACGUAACACUGAAAGUACCUGCCUCUCAAAGGGUACAGUGGAGCCACUAUUGCCACGUGAGUUGACCAGCCUGCGACUGGCCCUGGAGGAUCUUGGUAGGAGACAGUACAAAGGACAGAUGGGUAGGGUUACAAAUAUGUAUAGAAAUCUACCUUUACUGGGAGCUGGUCUGUCUGUUCCCCCUCCCCCCCAACAUCAGAACUUUUAAAACCCACAAACAAUUACGUUCCCACUGAAAAUGUACAUAGUACAUUUGUUCUGGUCCUAAGUCCCUUUUCAGUUUGGUGUUGGGAAGAUGAGCAGAGAGAAAGAGGUUUGCAAAAGUUCAGUAAUCUCUCAAAGCACCAUUUUUCCAAAAAGCAAAUCCUCUAUCUAGCACUUCUCCACCAAGGAUUUCAAAGCAGUUCACACAAGUGGGGGAAGGAUAAUUCUCCUUGUUUCACAGAGGGCUAAGUCUGUCACUUGGAGGUUUCCAGGUGAAAAGAACCAAGCAAGCUAGUUCUGAGGGCUGGUAUUUUGAAGGUGACUAGUAGUUGGUUCAUCGUUUUCCAGCCGACCGCUCUUUAAAUGAAGAGCUGGAACAGCAUCAGCUGGACGUAGUCCCUCUCCAAAACAGAGGAAAAAUGAUUAGCGCAACUAAGAAUGCAAGGUAAAGCUGCACCUCAGCAGGAUUCACUACAACUGAUACAAGAGCCAGUAAAGUCACAGCAGGAUUCUGGGCACAGCUACUUGACUCCUGACCCCGGACCACCCUUCUCCAGAACCACAGGGAACCAGGUUCGUUUUGAAGUUCUUGAUGGAGACACUUGUGCGGGGAAAAAGGUGCAAAAAAAUGCUACACGUCGUACCCUUCUGAGUGCCAUUUUGACCAUGUCAUGGUGCAUCGAACUCACGUGCCAAUCUUGCUAUUGUGAUCAAAAGAAUUUAACUUGGCCGUAGGUGCUUGGGGUGGUUGGCGAGACCCUGCUUACGCAGGACCCUUGAAGAAGCGGCUGUGAUGCUGUAAAGGUUACAAACUAAGGCAUCCAUUUAAAGACAUAAAUAAAACAGGCAGCAGGCAAUGCGCUGUCCCCGCCAAGGCGCGGUAGCGGGGGCAACACGACCUUCAUUUCGUCCUCAGGAGAUACAGACACAGGGAGGUCUUUGGAGUUUGGAGUGUACAAAAGCUGCAACUGAAAGAUACAGAUACAGCUUUGUUCUCUGUACUGGAAAUACUUAGGAGGAGGAAAAGAAAUCUACAGUUUAAAAAAAAGACAUCGUAAUUCCAAACGAGACAGCCUGGGCUGAGCUGCCCAGUGCCCCCGCGAGGGGACAGAUGGGAGACAAAAGCCCUGGCAGUCACCCUACUCUGCCUCUGCUCGAUACUGUCCUGUCUGCAGGAGGGUUUGCAAGCAAGAACCCCUCCCCUUCUUGCCUCCUCUAGCAUCCCAAUAAAGAACUGCAUCAAC